CCUUCUCUCCUUCUCCUCUCCCCGCUAGCCUCCUCUGGGCGCUCGGCCCGUCCGCGGCGCGUGUUCUGCUGUCUCCUGUCUUCACUCCCAUACAAUGUCGUCGUACUAGUAGCAUGCUGAAACAGAAGGACUCUUCCGCGUCUGCCACGCCGGCCUCGUCGUCUUCCCGCCUGGCCGGCUCCUCCACCCCGGCUUCCCGCGCAAACUCCGUCUCCUCCAAAGACGGCUGGGUGCGCUUCGUCGUCGCCCCCGAUGGCAAGUCCCAUCAGCAUCUCCUGCGCUCCGCCCGCCGCCAGGAAAAACUCUCCAGCAUGCUCAAAGACAUGAUGAGUAAGAAGCAGCGCUCUGACGACUCCUCCCCUCCCCAGACCUCCUCCACAAACGAGGCUGCUUCUCUUUCUCUGCUCAGCUCCUGGCUCAGAUCAAAUGAGAAAGACAGUUCUCUGUCGUCUAAGAAUGCUGUUGCCUCCACCUCUCUUGUUGAAAAGUAUGGCAAAUGCCAUGAGAUUAUCGGCAGAGGUGCCUUUGGUAUUGUCCGUAUCUCCCACAAGGUUGAUCCGAAAAAUUCAAAAAGCGAAAAGCUAUACGCUGUCAAGGAAUUUAAGCGCCGCCCCGCCGAAUCACAGAAAAAGUACACAAAACGACUGACAUCAGAAUUCUGUAUCUCGUCCUCCCUCCGUCACCCGAACGUCAUCCACACUCUCGACCUCAUCCAGGACGAUAAGGGCGAGUACUGCGAAGUCAUGGAGUUCUGCGCCGGCGGCGAUCUAUACACCCUCAUCCUCUCGGCCGGCAAACUCGAGGUUCUCGAGGCCGACUGCUAUUUCAAGCAGCUCAUGCGCGGUGUCGUCUACAUGCACGAGAUGGGUGUUGCCCACCGCGAUCUGAAACCGGAGAACUUGCUGCUCACCACUUCUGGUGCGCUCAAGAUCACAGACUUUGGCAACGGCGAGUGCUUCCGUAUGGCGUGGGAGCGCGACGUCCAUCUCACAAACGGCGUCUGCGGUUCUGCGCCCUACAUUGCGCCAGAAGAGUACACGGAGGAUGAGUUUGAUCCUAGGCCGGUCGAUAUCUGGGCGACGGGUGUGAUCUACAUGGCUAUGCGUACCGGCCGACAUCUUUGGAAGUCAGCGCAGAAAGAGGAAGACGAUUUUUAUAGACGCUACCUCGAAGGUCGCAAGGACGAAGCUGGCUAUGAACCCAUCGAACAACUCGAACGCGCACGGUGCAGGAACGUCAUCUACUCUAUUCUUGAUCCUCAUCCCGGCCGCCGCAUCACCGGCAAGCAGGUUUUGAACAGUGAAUGGGGCCGCGAGAUUAUUGUAUGCGAUGCUGGCGAGACCGGUCAUUGAACUUGACCUAAUGAAAUGAAUAACGAAUCUUAUAUAUUCUCUACCCCUUCCUCCACAUGAUGAAUUAUUAUCAAUAAUACUGUUUUCUAUUUCACUCCAGUUGUCAUCUUUGUCUGAUGAGUGACGUGCGCAAUCGUCGACUAGAUGGUCUUUCUUUGUUCUUUUCUUCUACAACUAAUUUCGUGUAUACGAUGUAUCUAUAUUACUUGAAUAUCCUCCUAUUUAUGGCGUCCUCUCUGUCUUGUGUUUUCUUUUAUCUUUUUCUUUUCUUUUCCAUUUCUCUCUUUC